CCAACAAUAUGAUGGUCUAGCUGCUGUGGGUGAAGGAAAAGUGGAGGAAGAGAUGGCAGCUCUCACUAAUAUAGCUGAGACUGUGAAUAAUCGCCUAGCUACUUCAGGGCCCUCCAAUCCUGAUGAUGCAUCUCAAGGUUCAGGAGAAGGAGUGGACCUGGACAACCUCUUCUCUUUCCUCUCGACAAUGGAAUCGGAGAGGCAUGUGUUGGAUGAAAUAUCAAAACAGAUGGAUGAAGUUGCAGAUGACUUGGAAUCUGAGAUUGAAGCAAUUAACCGGAGUAUGGGACAGAAAAGCGAUGUGUCUCUACCACCACCACCUUCAAUUAGUGAGGAACCCGCACCUCCUCCACCACCACCACCAUCUUCAGAUGCUCUUCCUCCACCUCCAAGUGAACCACCUGUAUCCUUGGCAUCAGUUCCUCCCCCACCACCACCAGGGGCCAUAGAAUCAAAAUCUAAUAGAAUUUCAAAUGAAGUGAAAGAAAAAACAGAUGAAAUUGUGCCUCCGCUACCUCAGGUUAAUGGAUUUCACGAAGAAAAGCCUAAGGAACCAAUUUAUGAAACAAUUCCUGCUGGAUUGGCAAAUGCACAAGCCAGACGAGAACCGAAUUAUGUGUCAGGACCACCUCCUGCAGGUCCUCCUCCAGCUCCACCAGAAGAACCGGUUGAGCUUAGAAGGCCACCGCCUGCAGAACCAGCAAAUAGUAAGGAUAUGACUAUAGAUCGUCGACGAAGACCUUCUGGUCAGAAGAGGCCAUCUAGAUCACCUGCAUCAAGAAGUCCGCUUCGAAACUCACGCUCCAGUACGAGAAGUCCUGGAGUGAGUAAUAUCUUAUUUCAGCGACUUUUUUCAUUUAAUCUCCUGCCACGACCUAAUGGCCGCAAUAGUGCUGCUCCAGAGGAUCCUGAACGAGUAGAACGACGUAAACAACGAGUAGAGCGCAAAUUGCAUGAAUUAGAAGAAAUGGAAGAAAACAAAGAGAAUGAAAGCCAGAAUCACUUUGACAUGAUAGAAUUUGCAGAAAAGUAUUUCAAUAAUCAUGAAAGGUCUCCAGAAGGUACCAUUAUGUCAACAUUGACCCGAAAACGUACAACAACGUCGGAGUAUCUCCCCAAGUACGAACUCAUCACAUAUUCUCGCUCUUCAAUAAUUCCAACUUCUCAUGUUCAUUUAUAUGAUCCAGAGAAUAUCAACAUUGCCUGCAGUACCUUUAGGGACUUGUGUAAAUACUGUCGAGGUGAAUUAAAACCUGAACAAGAAACAGUCACCCUUCAAAGUAUCAUUAGCCAUGGUUUAGAACGAGAGGAACUUAGAAAUGAAAUAUAUGUACAGUGUAUUAGACAAGUUACCAACAAUCCAAGUACGGAAUCCUUGGAAAGAUUGUGGCUCCUGCUAUGUUUAUGUGUUGUGGCCUUCCAACCAGGAAAACUACUUCAUAAGUAUUUUGUGAGCUUCCUACAAAAGAACCUUGCCCUUGAAGGAAAGCUUCGACAGUAUGUUCAAUGGUGUCUAGAAAACUGUAAAAAUACAAAGGUAUCCAGCCGAAGGCUUCCACCGUCUUCUGUUGAAAUUGCUGCAAUGAAGAAGCUUGGAACUAUAGUUUGCAGUCCCGCCAAUGGACACAUUGUAUAUGGGUUUUUCUUUCUGGAUGGCCGCACCAAGGCAAUCGACGUGCAUCCUCGCGAUACAGCAGGGGAUGCUAUGCAGAAAUUAGCAGACCGGUUGGGUCUCUCAGGGUUAGAGGGUUGGGCUAUUUAUGAAUCUGGUGCUGAUGGUGACAAACAUGUUAAGAGUCACGAAUAUCUCUAUGAUGUUAUUUCAUCGUGGGAAACCAAACAACAGAAAUCUAGUAAUGUUGGGAGCUAUGGGACCAUGAAUAAGAGAGCUUCUCAGUCAGUCAGUGCUGGAGAGAACCGAUUUGUAUUUCGGAAGCGGCUGUUCAGGACGCCUCGGGAAAUCCCUAGUGAUCCUGUUCAAGUUAAUCUCUUAUAUGCUCAGGCUGUGUAUAGUGUAGUAAGGGCUGAUGAGUAUCCAAUUAAUGAGAAAGUUGCUCUUCAGUUAGCUGGUUUACAAGCUCAAGUAGCUCUUGGGGACCCUCAAGAAGGCAAAACAGAAUUUUAUGCAGACAUCACAUCUUAUCUUCCAAGCCGUAUUGCUCAAACUAGAAAGCAAGCAGAAUGGGUUCCUAUUCUUUCACAAGCACAUCGGCAGUAUGGUACUGGGAAAACAGAUAUUGUAGCCAAAGUGUGGUAUCUGACAUGUGUUAUGCAGUUCCCUCUUUAUGGUACCACUAUGUUUCAAGUGUCUUAUCGGGGUUAUUGGUCAUAUGGUAAUACUUUGAUACUAGGUGUCAACUGCGAUGGUAUUGCCAUGAUCAAACCAGAUGAUAAAUUUAUCUUAUAUGAAUAUAGAUAUUGUGACAUAGAAUCCAUCUUUUUAGAUCCUAGUGAUAACUUUAUUACCAUAAACCUUCUGCGAACACUGCCAGAUGCCCAUAAAUGUUUUGUAUUUGAAACCAAAGAAAAGGAAGAAAUAGGAUUUUUGAUAGCCAGUUAUUCACCACUGCUUGCAUCUUGGAUUAAAGACAUGGACUCCAAUAAAAAGGUGAAGCAAAUAACAGGCGAAGAUAGAGUGAGACUGUACUAUAACUUGGUGCAUACACGUAGACAGUUGAUUGAUGCCAACAUUCUCAGGAAACCUCAGGAUCAGGGUAGCAACUUCUUUGUUAGCACAUUGAGAAGACUAAACAAACAGAAGCUAGAAAAGCUGAGACAAGAUUAUGGAGGUGAGAAUUCUGAAACAUAUAAGGGCUUCCAUCCCAUGUAUUGGGCAUUUUCAAAAGCUCCUCUAGUUCAGACCCUCAGUAAGAUAGCAUCACCAGAAGUCGAGCAACAGGCAUUACAGAUAUGUCUUGUUAUUCUUACAUAUGCUGGUCUUAGUCAGAAUACUGAAACAGCUGCUACGAGUGAUGACCAACAACUGACUAUGGUUCAAGGUAUAGUAGACCAGUGCAUGAAGCGAGAUCUGCUAUUGAAUGAGACCUACUUGCAACUUGUAAAGCAAACAACAGAUCAUCCAGAUCCAAAUUCGAGGGUAAAUCUACGACACUGGGCGUUACUGACCUUGUUUUGCUCUGUAAUCCCUCCUACGGACAAGGGUAUUAGAAAAUAUCUUAGGGCGCAUCUGCAGCGCUGUUCUGCUGAUUACGUUUCAGAGGAGGGCAAAUAUUCUAGAUAUGCUGAAAAGUGUUUGGUGAAAGCCCUCAACAACAGAAGAAGGCAGUGGGCGCCUUCCAAGCAAGAAAUCUUAUGUACGAUAAACCGACGACCUAUUUAUGCAAGAUUCCACUUCAUGGAUGGUCAGUUCCAUUCUCUAGAAUUUGAUGCUUCAGCCACAGCACAUGAUGUAGUUGAACUAAUCAGGCACAAAAUUGGCCUGAAAAAUACAGCAAAAGGCUAUGCCAUCUAUGAAAUGUUGGGCACGACAGAGAGAUGUAUAUUGGCAGAGGAGGUUUUAGCUGAUGUAAUGUCUCGGUGGGAACGAUACAGACAGUCCACCACUGCCAAUCAACAACACCAUCAGCAUCAUCAUCACCAUAUUUUCCUUUUCAAGAAACAUUUGUUGUUAGAAUCAUGGAUGGAUCUAAGUGAUAAUGUCGAAAAAGAACUCUUGUACUUCCAAGUUCUUUACACUUUGCGUGCUGAUAAGUUCCCCGUGACUCAGAUGGAAGCUGUCAUGUUAUGUGCUCUGAGAGCACAAAUAGAGUUGGGUAACUUUACUGGGACUGGAAUGGAUUAUGGCGAAGUUAUAGCGCACACUUUGUCGCCAAGAUUGCUAACAAAUGUAACGCAUGAUGCUGUUGCAAUGCAUCAUCAGUCUCUUUUUAAUAUGGACCCUCAGGAAGCCAAGCAGGCUUUUCUUAAUCUCAUCAAGUCUUGGCCACUUCAUAGGGCUACUAUAUUUGAUGUCACACAAUCCUUUACAUCUAACUGGCCUAAGGUAUUAUGGUUGGCUAUUGAUGAGAAUGGUGUGCAUCUUCUUGAACAUCGAUCUCGAAAUGUUCUCUGUACAUAUGAGUAUGAUUACAUUUUGAACUACUCAGCCUCCAUAACUGCACUUAUGAUCAUCACAGGAUCUACAAGAAAACAAAGCAAAAUCAUUCUGAACACUACCCAGGCUUUCAUGAUUGCUACAUUAAUAAAAGAUUAUACGGAAGUACUGAGGGAGACUAUGAAUGCUAACACAGAUGGUCAGACUUCAUCUGGAUUAAUGGCACCUCCUGGUUGGGAGGACGGAGCGCCUCAGCAGCCAAGACGGUCUCGCCCUCCAAGCAUUAUGGCUCGUCCUGCUCCUACUUUACAAGAAGAAGUCAUUACUCAGUGAUUAGGUUGUUAAUUAUUAGAUUCUUUUUAAUGUGAGCCUGACUGCACAGUGAUUUUUAUAUUUUCAUGAUGCUUGUUAAUAGUUGAAUUUAACCUUAUUCAUAGUCCUAACCUAAAGUCUGUUUCUUACUACAACUUAACUGUCACUUUGUGAGGAGUUAGUUUUUUGUUUAAUAAACAUUUUGCCAAAAUAGAAGGAAGAGAAUAUUCCUGUGAAGUACUAAUUUAGUACAUGGGCAGGGGAAAAAAAGUGCCCAAAAAUGAAGAAUAUUUUUGCAUUUAAAAGUUUUUGUGAGAAAAGAGCCAGUGCUCAACAGUUUACAUGUUGAAGAAAUCAGAUUUUACCAUAAUCAAAUGCAUUUAAUGCUACAAGUAACAUGAGUAUUGCAAAAGUGUUAUGGUCAUUGCUCCAUUUUUCAUACCAGCUUUCAAAAUCAGGUAUGAUGCUUCUUAUAGUAGUUUUUCUAUAAUGAUGGUCAUACCACACACAUUUUUUAAAAAUAGGACUGUGAGGUAAUGAAGAAUAUUAAAAUUCAGUAUUAAAAAGUUUCUCACUUGAAUGUAAAUAAUAUAGUAUGAUCCUUGAGCUGGCCAAGAAAUAUGUGCCAGCUUUUCCUCUUCCAUGCACAAACUUGCUCAAGAGCUUGCAAAGGCAGACAGUUGUUCAAUAAUCACCUGUGUGUGCUGAAACUCAAGUUGCACACUUCAUGUGUUGUGCCAAUAAGAAGCUCUUUUAUUUUUAGCAAGAGGCUUUAAGAAUGGAUGGUAUUGUGAGUGAUAUAUAUAUAUAUAUAAUGGUAGUAACAUAUAUACUUGAAUACUUUUUUUCAUAUUCACUAAGCAGUUGUUGCAUGCUCCAUUUGUACAAAUGAUUUUCUUUUAUUUAAAUUUUGUAUAUAUAGUUUUAUAUUUACUAUAGAGAGAGUUACAAAAAACAAGAAGAUUAAUUGCCUUGAGGAGUAUUUGACUUCUAAAUUGCCUUGGAAAGUUAGGGUUAUUAAAUAUGGAAAUAUAAUGACUGAUUUCCUAUUAUUGUUUUUUGGUAAUGAAAUCAUGUAUAUCCAGAUGCUUUCAUUUUCUUUUCCGUAAUGUCGUUGUACAAAAAUGUUUUUAAAACUGUGAAGUACAGCUUAUGAUGAAUAAUCCGUUGAUUUGGGAGAUGUUUUACCAGUUUGUAGCAUAAAAAAACCUCAGCUGGUUAUGAUAACAAUACUGAAAUUGGUUAGUUAUUUUUAUAAAAAUUAUAUGUCUUGAUUUUUAUGCAUAUUUCAUAACAACCCUGGAAUAAAGUUUAUAACUCUUCAAAAUGUCAGUACCAUAUUUAUCUUCUUACCAUGUACAGCUAAUAAAAAUGAGUCUGUUUGUUUAUCUUAGAUCUCCAAAUUAGAAAAUUUUUACUUUUUCCUGGGAUAAGAAAUAUGGUGGGAUGUAGGUAGUUUUCAAGAACCAUUAAAUGGAUAUCUUACAAGGUUGCAAAGAUGAUUUUACAUAGAAAAACUAAGUUGAAGAACUUCAUGCAAGGGUAAAGAUAUAGAGAACGAAAAAUCCCUGUGAUUUGGAUAUUCAGUAUUUCAUGGCCAGGGACUUCAAUUAGUCUGAAUUGUGUAAAGACAGCACAAGCUUACAGUUUCAGCUAUAUGUUAAUGUACAUUUCUGGUGCUAUAGAUCUGUUGACAUUGAAUUUUGAGUAGGGAUUGAUUUCUGUAUUCCAUUUUGUUUGAAUCAGCUUCUUAGUUAUGCAGGAACAUCAAAUAUAUGCACUAAUAUCAUAACAUUUUGGGGAUUUGAUACUACAGUAAGUCUAUGUUACAUAUCACAAUGUGGAAGCCCAUUUACAUUAAAACAAAUGUUGCUGAUAUCCUUGUGUAACUGUGGUACUGGUGCAUGAACGUGAUCCUGUACUAAAAGUGACCAAUGAUUCUUUAUCCUCAUCAUGCCUAUCCUGUGAAGUAAAGCAAAUUGGGCAUAAAUCAACAUUUUUCUUUUAUUCUGCUACAUGAACCGUAUUCCUAUGCACCAUUAAGCUGUUUAAUGCUAGUCGUUACCUUAUAAAAUUAUUUUAUGUGAGAGCAAUAUGUAUUUUAGUUACUGUGAGAGCUCUAUAUGUUCUAGAUGGAGCAGAUUUAUUUCUUUUAACUACUGGUUUGAAAGCUUGACAUUUAAUUCAUUGUUGAAAGACAAGAUGCAGAUAUCAAAGUUUUAACAGUAUCCCAAGGUCAUUAUAAUGUACAUAGUGUAAUGAGAUAUAUCACAAUAACAGAAAUGAUCUCCAAAUAAAUAUCUUUGAUGGCACAUACCCAUGAACUGUUAACAGAAAAGUGACUAAACUGUUAUAUUUAAAUUUUCAUUGCUUUAAGCUACUCAUAAGAUAAACUAGUACAGUAUCAAGAUUUUAUUUAUUAUUUGAACUUUUUUUUUUUUUUUUUUUUUUUUUUUUUUUUUUUUUUUUUUUUUUUUUUUUUUUUUUUUUUUUUUUUCUUUUUUUUUUUUUUUUUUUUUUUUUUUUUUUUUUUUUUUUUUUUUUUUUUUUUUUUUUUUUUUUUUUUUUUUUUUUUUUUUUUUUUUUUUUUUUUUUUUUUUACUUGAGUCAUGAAUCAAAUUUGAAUUGGUGUAAAACUUCAGGCAAUAGCUUAGACCUUUUGUUUAGACAUGCCUUGCUUUGAUUAUUUGUAUGAAAAUGUAUUUUUAUGAAUUUUGUUUAUUUUGCAGUUCAAACAAAUAUGUGCAAUAGUUUCUUCAUCUCCUUUUGUACUUACAUUUUUACCAAAGAAUCUCUCUUAAGAAUGAUACUUAUGUAUUGUGUGAAUAUUGAUAUUAGGGUUAUUGACCGGAGAUGAACUUGUAUUAUGAAAAGGCUCUGUACCUCUGGCUCCAAGAGUAGCAAGACUGAAUGUAAUGGUUGGUUGUUAGGAGGUGUGAUGAGCCACACAGAAACACUAGGGACUCCUGCUGUAUAUAGAUGAGAGCUCUUGGUGCAGACCCUUACAAGACUCACACAGUAACAUCACAGUUUAUGGUGAGUAACUGUAUUCAACAAUACAGUAUUGGACAGUAAGUUUUAAAGUUUAAAUUUAACUGUAAAGUAACACUAGAGUGUAAUGUGGGUUUUAACUACCUUGUUAAAUGCAGUUUAUUUUUUACUGCUGUCCUUAUGUGUUUCAUCAGUUACCAUUUGCAAAGUGAUCUGUAAAAAUUGUUCUCAUCAUCCUGCUGUUAGUUUUCUGUUUUGGAGCUUUUAUUCAUCACAUUUUUAAUCUUAGUUUUUGACAAGUGCUUGUUAACCCAUUAGUAACUGUCUUUUAUCUAGAGUUUUAUGUACAGUGUUAAUGUGCUUAGUCCCUUUCUUAUCUCGCAUAUAGUAUCAUUUGGACUAUGUACAGGUGUUCUCACAUCCCUUUUGUAAAUCCUGCUUAUGCUUUACCUUAUAAAAGACAUUAUAUUUUUCAUUUUGAAGUUUGAUAUCCUUUUUGGGGUACAGAUAAACAUUGGAGAGGUGGACCUGUUCUUGUUUGAUCAAGUGACCAGUGUUGCUAACAAUCCUGUGAAACUCUUGAUAAGCUUUUGUAAAUCUCGUCAGUGAUAUGUCAGAUGUUAUUUCUACACAAAUAUAUAAUAACAAUUGUA